UCAUUAUUGAUAAGCAGGAGAUAAGAACUUAUUAUGGGAUGGAUAAUUUGAUUAAUAAAGAGGACUAAUGUGGAGUCUGAUGUGGACUUCAGUGUGUAAUAAAUGAAUAAGAAAUACUGACGUGAAUGACACUUUAGCAGACCCCCUGUGACAGGUCAUCUCUUCUGUCACUUGGUGGUCUUCACUCUCUGAGCUCCUGUCUCACAUUAACUGUUCACCCUCAGUGUCUCCUCAGAUGUUCUCUCUGUCAGCUCUCAGCUUUCUCUUUAAAUCUCCUCCUCCUCCUCCUCCUCACUGAGCUCAGACAAACUUUCACUUUCGUUUCUUCACAAGUCACUUCCUUGUUCCUCUGACUGAUUCUCUCUGCCUGCCUCUCCUCAGACUGAUGAUGGCUGAAGCCCAGCUGUGUGUGUCACAGGACGAGUUCACCUGCUUGGUGUGUCUGGACACCCUGACUGACCCCGUCGCUAUCCCCUGUGGUCACAGUUUCUGUCUGAAGUGCCUCACGGACUGCUGGGAUCAGAGCCAAGAGUGCAGCUGUCCUCAGUGCAGACACACCUUCACCACCAGGCCUGAGUUGAAAAGAAACACUCUGCUGAAUGAAGUCAUCAAGAAAUUAAAGAAGACAACUCUCAGUUCUCCUCCUCCUCAGAAUUAUGCUGGCCCUGGAGACAUGGAGUGUGACUUCUGUACUGGUAAGAAGUUCAGAGCGGUGAAGUCCUGUCUCACCUGCCCGGCCUCCUACUGUCAGACUCACCUGCAGCCUCACUAUGAAGGAAACGCCCUGAAGCACCACAAGCUGGUUGAUCCUGAUAGAAAUCUGAAGGAGAAACUCUGUGAGAAACAUCAGAAAAGUCUGGAGAUAUUCUGUAAAACUGAUGAUUCCUGUAUCUGCAUGACGUGUGUGGUGACUGGACAUAAAAAUCAUGAAAUGGUCGAGCUGGAGACAGAAAGAGAUGAAAAGCAGGGUAUCUGGAGUGGGGGGCUCUCAAAAACAUGGCCUGUUAAAGCCCACUGAGUCACUCCUUGGGUGAUUUGUGGAUAUUCAAGAAAAGAGAAAUUGUGUUCUUUCCAGUGUGAGGUGAGCAGAGUGAAGAGUAAAGCAGACAGGCCUGUUCCUUGUGCUGCUCCAGUGUUGCUCACACAGUCCUUGAGUCUGCCUGACAGAUAGUCCAUCAUCAGGACACCACAGGCUCACCCACCUGCAUAUCUCUGAGCUGACCCCU